AUGGAGAAUAAGGCGAGAAAGAAGACGCUUGACGAGGAUAAAAGUCCCAGUCUCGUCGUCCUCCUGAUAGCUCUAUCCGGAUUCCUUAUGCUCAUGAUCAUCUCACUCUUCCUACCAAAGCAUGUGCAGGACCAGCUAUUCCGCCUCUUACUUCGACAGAAACCGGACCAGUCUUUUAACUAUAUCGACGUGGGUCUUUAUAAAACACGCCAUUCGAUGUACCGAAAGGAGAUCUUCUCGGCCGUCAUGCGUAAGAGGCAUUUGCUUAAGCAGAAAGCGAACGCUACCGAGGCUCACUCGGUCGCGUUGGACAAACGCCGACGGACCGGCAGCGGAGAGGACAGCCACGAAAACAGCCUCUCCUCGCUUGCUUCUCCUCGAGCCAAGGCCUUUGGAGUCUCGAGUGAGUCAGAGCUGGGCAUGGAAAUGGAGGCGAAGCAAUUAGGGUACAGCGAUGCGACCGAGACUGGCAACGACAACUGUACCAAAAGCAGGCCUGAUCGGAUUCAAGUUGAGGAACCCGGGGACUGGCAGUUGCAGAGCAUAGAAACUGCCUUCCCACAGCCGUCAGGGAAUGAGGCUGGCUGCCCUCUAUCCGGUAUCGCCAAUCCGUUGUGUGCCCAAGUAAGCAUGGCUGACGGAUAA